AUGCCUAUGUCUACACCAGCUAACGCAGCGUCUACAUCCAAACCAACGUCUACAUCCAAACCAACACCCAUGCCUACGGCUACACCGCCGAUGCCUAUACCAAUGAAAACAACAAACCUCCCGACCGACGUCCUCGCUGAAAUCCUCUCCUUCCUCGAGGACGACAUCCCCACUCUCGCGCGAUGCUCUGCCUCGUCUUCGGUUUUAACUCCGUUUUGUCGGCGGUUGCUGUUUCGCAGAGUCGACUUUAGUUCCAGCUCUAGCUCUAGCUCUUCUUCACAUUCGAAAUCGUCAUUGUCAACCACGGCUGUGACUUCCUCCCAUGGUUGGCCCGGGCAUUCUGCCAACGGCCCGAACCAGAGGUUCGAACAGUACCUCUCCCUCGUCCAGCCAAAUCCCUCAAUACCCCGGUAUGCUAGACACCUCAGACUAUGUCUGGGAAGUUCGAGUAAUCGAAGGACAGCAGCGCGGUCAAGGCUCGUAGCGGAUCCGACAUCGUUGGCGAACCACCCCUCCCUCCCCCACCUCCUCACUCUCUUCUCCAAUUUGACUUCUUUGGAGAUUUCUGGUUCUCCCAUCUCCUUCCCUUCAUCUUCCCCCUUAUCCGCUAUGGGAAGCUCGACUGGAGGGCACAGCGCCAGAAGUAGUAGAGCAGAUUUCAGCCGUUUCUCGAAGGAGUUGAACGAAUCACUCACGAAGCUCUUACACUCUCCUUCCUUGGUCUCGGUCCAUCUCUCCAAGGUGGAUAACGUGCCGUUCUGGGGUAGAUUGGGGUUGUUGGGAGCGAGGAGGGUGAAGGAGUGGAAGUUGGAUCGGGUGGAGCUCGAGUUUAAGCAAGAGGAAGAUCAAAUGGUGAUGAUUAGGGGGGAGAGUGAAGUCGAAUUGCGAGAGGGAGCCGCCUUGGAGACGCAGGAGGAGGAACGAUCGCCGGCGGUCUCACUUCGCGUUCUGGAAGUACGCGCUCCACCGCAUUCGAGCACUUGGAAAACUAUUGCCCAGGCUUGCGAAUUGGGUCUACUUGACUUAAGCAACUUGAAGAGUUUUGGGUGUUUGUUUGGUUUGGCGGAUCGUGGUACCAGUGGGAAGUGUGGGGACACGGUGUCAGGCCCGACGAAGAUUAUAGAAUGUGCGGCGGAGGGGUUGGAGAGGCUGACGGUUUGGCAUGAUUGUGAGUGUCGUUGGUUUUCUCGAUUGUGUUGGUGGUAUCCCAUGAUGCUCAUUGUCUUCAAUUUUCCUCCUUAUUCGUAUAUGACUUUGUGUUCGAAUUGUACAACGUGUCGACCUUCCCCUGUGAUAACCGCAUCCCUCGUUCCACCUUGCUCCCGCCUUCUCACCCGCCCCCACUCUACCAACCAACUCUCCGGCCCCACUCUCCAACCCGCUGUAAUUAACUAUCCCCACCUUCAUCCUCCAACCCGAUCUAUAUCCGACUCGGCAGCCGUGUCUCCACCUCGAACCCUCGAUAUCGGAGCCCUACCCCGUCUUCGGGAGUUGGAGAUUAGGUUGUCUCCUACUUCGCUCAGUUCGAUGUCGGGAUCGUCGCGGUUGGCAGGUGGAAUUGGUAGUGGAUUCAGCGGGAUAGGUGUAGGCGCAGGUGGGCUCGGUGUGGGUGGUCUCGCUGGGUUCCUCGCAUCUCGGACUCCAGCACAAGCUCAUUCUACUCGAGAUCCAAGCGCCCAAACACCACUCAAGGAUUUAAUCACUUUCCUCUCAAAGGCCUCCCCUUCGAACGUCAUCGAGAAGUUACAUCUCGUUAUUGACGCGUCGAAUUCGAUUUCUAUCGCUAUCGAGGAUCUUGUAUCGGAGGAGUGGGGGUGGGAGGAGGUGGAUGGGUGCUUGGCGUCUGCAAAGGUGUCAUCAGAUGCAGAAGACUCGUCAAGCUGGGAGAUGGGGAGUGGCUGGGGAGAGCUGCGAUACCUCUCGAUUCAAGUCGUUUCUUCGAUAUCGAGGUCGUCGGCGCCGAGGGGUUUGUUUAAUGAAGUGUUGAAGAGCAGGUUUUCUCGACUGAUAGCGGGGAGAAGGGUGCAAGUUGAGGUCGAGGUUGGAGGUUUGGCGGUCGAGUGA